AUGUAUUUCAUGAAGCCAAGGCAUUNAAAUCCAGAUUAUGUUACCACAUCUGACUGGGCUAUAUGCCAUAUAAAUCCCAGCACUUCAACCCUAAUCCGAAGAAAUCAAUCAGUGAUGGCAAUUGGAAUUUUUUUUGCUCUGUACUUUGUUGUUUUCUUCUUCUCUGGUAAGUUUGGUUGUCUACAUAUAUUGGCACUUCUACGCUUGGUAAGUUCUAGGUUUGGUAAACAAACCACCUUUGUGGAUGCUCAUGGACUCCAUAAAAGUUCAUACCAAUUAAGCAUGUAUUUCAUGAAGCCAAGGCAUUGCACUCUUGGGGCUCAUUCAGUAACAUUCACAAUCAUAAACCACUGUCCCUACACAAUUUGGCCGGCGACGUUGACCGGCGGUGGUAGGCCUCAAUUAUCUACGACUGGGUUUCUGCUAGCUUCCGGUGCAUCGUCAACUAUCAAUGUUCCAGCUUCAUGGUCAGGCCGGUUCUGGGCCCGAGGGUUUUGCUCAACAGACUCUGGAAGGGUCACUUGUCUGAGCGGAGACUGUGGUUCUGGCCAAGUUGCAUGCAAUGGUGCCGGAGGAAAACCACCAGCAACCCUAGUAGAGUUCACUCUAGCCGGCAGCGGUGGACAAGAUUUCUACGACGUUAGCCUUGUAGAUGGUUUCAACCUGCCGGUUUCUGUGAUUCCACAAGGUGGAUCCAACUGUAGAUCGACGGCUUGUCCGGUCGACUUGAACGCAAACUGUCCAUCAGAGCUAGCCGUGAGGAAUCUAAAUGGGGCUACGAUUGGUUGCAAGAGUGCUUGUUUGGCCUUUAAUCAACCGCAGUAUUGUUGCACCGGCAGUUUUGGCUCGCCGCAGACUUGCCCGCCCACAAAAUAUUCUAAUUUCUUGAAGGGCAAGUGCCCACAGGCUUAUAGCUAUGCAUAUGAUGAUAAAACUAGCACUUUUACUUGCACCGGUGGAGCAAACUACCGUAUUACAUGGUGCCCAUGA